AUGCAACAAGACAAGACAUUGCAGAAGCAGCAGGGUGGAUUGCUAGAGCCACUUCCUGUUCCAACCAGACCAUGGGAGAGUUUGUCCAUGGACUUCAUUGUGAGUCUACCCAAGUCGAAAGGGUCUGGCUUAAUUUUGGUGGUGGUCGACAGGUUCACCAAGUAUGCCACCUUCAUCCCUGCACCAGUGGAUUGCAAUACGGAGGAAGCUGCACGCUUGUUUCUGAAGCAUGUGGUGAAGUAUUGGGGUUUCCCCAAGAGUAUUAUUAGUGACCGUGACACUCGCUUCAUGUCGACAAGGUCAAGUCCUUUUGAGUUGGCAACAAGACAACAACCUAUAACAUCGAACACAGUGGUGUCAGGCUACACGGGGAGUAGCCCUGCUGCAUACAAGACGGCCAAGGAGUGGCAGGUGACUAAUGAGCCAGCUCGGGCUCAAUUGGAGAAGGCAACUAGGAAGAUGAAGAAAUGGGCGGACAAGCAUCGGCGGGACGUUGUGUUCCUACUAGGUGAUCUGGUCUUUGUGAAGCUCAACCCUUCUCAACACAAGUCCACUAGAAGAUUGCACAAGGCGUUGUUGAGGAGAUAUGAGGGCCCAUUUCCUAUUAUCCAAUCAGUGGGAAGAGCUGCUUACCACGUGAAACUACCACCUCGAUUGAAGAUUCAUCCGGCGUUCCACGUGAGCAAUCUCAAGCCCUAG